AGGCUCCAGUCCGCUCCAUGCAGUGAGGAUAGAAUACGGGGCCGGUCGUGACCACCGGGAUGCUUUCACGUAACGCGCAUUUCAGUGUUGACCGAUGCUUGUCGGUAGCUCGGUGGCCAACGCGGCGGCAGGACGCACUGACGGCUCCGAGGUCAACUUGAAAAUUAACGGUAUCCGUCCGGCCCUGGUGGGACGUGCCAUGCACACUGGCUGGAGAUGAGAAUGAAACCCAGUCGCCAAUUCUUCCUGGGCCUGUGCUCCAUGCUGGCCCUGGGAUUCCUCUACUAUUCAGGGAGGAUCAGCUUACGAGGCUGGGGCCACGAUUCCUUGUAUGACCAACAAGGGUUCAUUCUAAAGCUGGAUGGUGUUAGUAUGCCGUUGGAGCUGAUGUACAAGUAUGGCAAUCUAAGCGAGGGGGCCUGUAAGCCUGGUUUUGCAGCUGCCAAGAUGACAGCCAUUUAUCCAAAGUUCACCAAACUGGCACCGAUGUUCCUCGACCCAAACUACAAACGAUUUUUUAAGAUCGGUGAUUACUCACCCCCAUUUGGUGUCAAAGCACAAGAGAAGAUCAUAGAUAUUCUCCUAUCUGCUACUAAGAGCUAUGGCCUUGGUGAAGAACUCGACAGCGCGAACUGUAAGACCUGCAUCGUCGUGGGCAACGGAGGGAUCCUGGCCAACAGGUCCCUGGGACAGAGGAUCGAUGAGUUCGAUGUGGUGGUCAGGUUGAACGAGGCUCCGGUGAGGGGCUUCGAGAGAGACGUCGGCUCCAAGACCACCAUGAGGAUCACCUACCCAGAGGGGGCGAUCCAAAAGACGGAGCGCUAUGAGGCUCAGUCCCUGUUCGUCCUCUCCGCCUUUAAAGAUCUGGACUUCAAGUGGCUCCGACACAUGGUCUUCAACCAGAGGCUGCGCAGCACUGAUGGGUUCUGGAAGUCGGUGGCCAGGUACGUUCCGAGGGACCCCGUGGACAUGCGCAUCCUGAACCCCUACUUCAUCCAGGAGGCCUCCUUCAAGCUCAUUGGCCUACCUCACAACAACGGACAGAUGGGCAGAGGGAAUAUUCCGACCCUGGGGACGGUCGCCAUAACGAUGGCCCUUCAUAACUGUGAUGAAGUAGCGGUGGCUGGAUUCGGCUACAACAUGAGCACCCCCCACGCCCCUCUGCACUACUACGAGAAGAUCAGAAUGGUGGCCAUCAAAGAGUCCUGGACCCACAACAUAUCGAGAGAGAAGGAGUUCCUGCUGAAGCUGGUGAAGGCUGGAGUCAUCCAAGACUUGACCAACGGGAUCUGCGGUGCGGGAUGCUGAUGGUCCUCGCUCAGCAUCACGAUGGAUGGACGCAGCACUGUGGUCACCUUCCACCUGCUCCAGCGCCUGAGAGAGAAACUCAAGGCUCUGUCGGCCGUGUUCCCAGCAGAGAGCAGCAGCUGUCACAUAAGACUGCAGUCAGUGCAGAGGGACAGGGUUUUAAAUGAGGCUCAUUGACGACAACACACUGCCCCAGUGUUGGAUAUUGACAUAUUGUAAGCAAUUGGCCUCUGUAUUUAGCUCGUCCUAGUUGCAGGUUAGUGUAUAUUCACAUGGAUUUGGUGCCCUGUGAUGGGGUCCAGGCUGCCCUCCUACGAGAACGACUGCAGGCUGCGGAGGGGAGGAUGAAGAUGUUGGGUUUAAGUAUUGAGCCUGUGCCAAGUUUACCUCUACAAGUGUCCUUCUGCUCACACCUCUGAAUGUAAUCUGCGUCAAACGUAUCGUCUCGUUUUGACUUUUAAAAAAAAAUGUCUUCCAGUUUCUGCGUUCAACAGGGUGCUCUGCACACUGCGUGAUCCCACCGUCCUGGACCAGACACCCGUGGGUAGAGCCACUCGAUAUCAGAGCAACAUGUGUGUAAGAAGUAUGUAUCAGUAUGAAGCGAGAAGGCUGGAGAACGCAUGAAAACCGUUCAAGUUUAUUUGCACAAUUAAAAAAAUUCAAACAUAAAAGAGAUGACAUAUUAUAUAGUCUCCUCCUAAAUACUGACAGCUCACCACACUGACUACUCGACAGAUGCAGAAGAGUCACACUGUGUUUGUUCCUCGCGAGGCAGCGUGGCACUACGACCCGACCCGCAGCAGGAAGUGCAGGAAUCCCCCCGGGAAUGUACAUAUUUAUUGGCUUCACUAAUGUUUAUGAUAAGAUGCAUUUAAUUUGCUCUUAACUUUGUCCUAACACAUACACUGUCGCUCUAAAGUGUGGAAUCAGCUGGUAAAUUGAUAUUGUUCUUUACUUUAAUUAUUAAGUUUAUUUAAUAACUAGUAUAACGUGUAUUUUGGUGCCCUGUUAAGAAUGUCGACUGGAUCGCAUCUGUUUCCAACUUUAGGUCGGGCGAAUUGAUCUGCUUGCAUGACUGAUGUGUGAAUCAUAUCACAAACCUGCUCGUCACACAGGUUAGCUGGAUUUAAUUGUGGGGGAUUUGACACGUCUGGAAUUUUCUAAUUCUUCAACGCUCACACUGAAUUAUUUUCCGGCUGUUAUCAGAGCAACGCGUUGUGACAAGGUCAAGGUGAAGCCCAAACAUGAAGUCAGUUUGAGAUACAAAUGACUAUUAUCAUUAUGGUCAUCAAAUCAAAUGUUCCAUAAACCCUGAGGCUGUGUUGGGACAGCAUUUAUAUAGCGCUUUUCUCGUCAUUGUGACCCCUCUAAGUCACCCAUGGUGUCCCCCAGGGUCCAGUGCUUGGUCCCCUUCUCUUCAUCCUCUACACGCUCCCACAUGACAGAUCCUCCACCGCUAUUGCCUUCAGUUGCACUGUUAUGCUGAUGUUAACUUUACCUCUCCUCCAAGACCAUCACUGCUGCCCCAUGUCAAGCACAUUACCCAAACAGCCUUCCUCCACCUCCGUCACGUAACAAGGCCCUCGACAACCUGGCUUCCCCUGACCUGUCUGACCUCUUCCAUCAGCACCGCUCCCUCCCCAGGCCUCAGGUCCGUUGAUUUCAACCUCCUGCAACUUUUGAAAACCAAGCAUCAAAACUGGGGUGACGGGGUGUUUACAGCGGUCGCCUCCUCUCCGGAACUCUUUCCAAAACCACAUCAAAAAAGCCAUCGCAUUGUCGACAAUCUAAGAGUCCCUCAUUAGAAUCUUGUGUUUUUGAAAAGCGCUAUAUAAACCUGAUGUAUUAUUACGACACAAGCCAGCAUGUUUUACAUGAAGGCAGCAGGGAUCCUACCAUCCAAAAAUGGCUUGAGGUGCGCCGGAUGCCGGUUUGGCGUUGCUGUGGCCUGAGCAGUGUUGUGCUGAUGCUGGCUUCAAACUCACUGUGAUCUUUCGCUCUUCUAAUCAAUGCCCAACACCAAAACGUCCCCCACAAUCUCUUCACUCGGCCCUGCCCAGGGCUGCUUUCUCAGGCACCCAGACAUCAGACACAGUCGGUGUUAUUAAAGACAUGAAUUGAGCUUUAUGAAUCUAUCACUUUAUUCACUCAAAUCAACUGUCUCGUGAAAUUUGUUUGUGUUGCUUUGUGCCCUCUGGCAAUGUGUGUGCUCACCUCGCUGUCGGUUUUUGUGGACUUGACGCUGGUCAGAUGCUCGAGCCAAAGUAUUCAUAUAUUUAUUGUAGGCUGUGCAAAAGAACGUAUUAAAUAAUAAAGAUAUAAGUGAUGCUGUA